AAGAAUGGCUUCCAACCGUUGUGCUGUCUGCAAAAUUUUGAAUGAAACUUGUGCUCCAAUGUGCAUUUAUGCACCACAUUUUCCAUCAAACGAUGCAAGUUUCAAAGUUAUUAUUCAGAUUUUUGGAGCCGUGAAUGUUUGCAAUAUCCUUGAUAAUCUUGAAUUUCCAGAACAACGAGAGAUUGCUGCCAACUGUUUACGUUAUGCUGCUGAGGCUCGUAUACGUAAUCCUAUUUCUGGUUGUCAUGACAUGAUUCUACAAUACAAGAAUAUUCUCAAUAAUGUUGAACAAGAUAUUGAAUCCGCGGUGAAUGAGCUUGGAACCUAUGUGGGACACGAUCAAGUACCAAAAUUUUAUGAUCUUCCAAUGCCAGAUGAUUUCCUCAUGACACCAGUCUCUUUAGAUUCUUUUAUUGCAAAAAUUAAGAGUUUAAACGAAGUUCAAAAGAAUCAACUUAUGCAACUCCCAACUGCUGCUGAUAAUGCACCAAUGAUAAUGAAUAGCAUAUUUGGGAAGAUGGAAGAUAAAAACCUGAAAGAUGGGCAUAGAGCUGAUGGUGCAUCAACAUCUGCUGGUAAGUGAUAUUGAA